UGCGCAGCUUGUCCUGUAGGACACCAUCGUGCUGUCAUGAUGGUCAGCGUUAGUAUGGGAGUAUGCUUAGAUCGGAUACUGUGCCAGUAAAGCAGGAUUUCCCUCCAGCUCAUAUGGAUACUAUGUCCCGGGGAUUCCCUCUGCACUUUUGCAUUUACACGCGGCUGCUUGGCUAAUUUUUACAGCAUAGAAGCGGGACAUUCUCCCUGCAGUAUGCUGACUCAGCAGCAGUCCCUCCGCACUGAGAUCCCAGCAGACUCAACGGGUUCAUUUAAUAAAAGAAGACGGAAAUCAAUUUUUGUUACUGUGACUCUUCUUGUCAUAUCCAUACUAAUUUUUACCGUGGGCCUGGCUGCCACAACGAGAACUGAAAAUGUGACAGUGGGAGGCUAUUAUCCAGGAGUAAUUCUUGGGUUUGGAUCCAUACUUGGAAUAAUUGGAUCAAAUUUAAUAGAAAAUAAAAGACAGAUGCUUGUUGCAUCAAUAGUUUUUAUCAGCUUCGGGGUAAUUGCAGCAUUUUGUUGUGCGAUUGUUGAUGGUGUUUUUGCUGCAAGGCAUCUAGAUCUCAGACCUCUUUAUGCCGGGAAAUGUGGAUACUAUUCCAGUACAUAUAAUGACCAUACAACAGAGGUGACUUGCCAGCCAAACCCACGGGGGCCCUGUGUGCUGACUAUAAAAAGUAACACGUGUUAUUGCUGCGAUCUUUAUAAUUGUGGAAGGAUUGGGAUUUCUAGUAUUUAUUAUGAGUACAUGGAUGUAAAUAGCUGCCAAGAUGUUGUUCAUCUCUAUCACCUGCUCUGGUCGGUAACUAUAUUAAACAUUAUGGGCCUCUUCCUUGGAAUAAUUACAGCUGCUGUUCUCGGUGGAUUCAAGGAUAUGAGCCCUAGCAUACAAGCCAUCAGCUGCGUGGAGGAGACCCCCCGCCCUACAGUGCAAUACAACACAAGACCUCCUGUGCCGUCUUACAACACAUACUACCACAGCACUCCACACCUGCCACCGUAUACUGCCUAUGACUUACAGCAUUCCAAUAUCUUUCCGGCUUCUACCCCAUCUGGGUUAUCAGAUGAUCCAAAUUCUACAUCACAGUCUGCGUCUAGCUUCAUGUGGCCAUCAAAUGCACCCCCUCGCUAUUCACCUCCCUACUUCCCACCAGAUGAAAAGCCACCUCCUUAUACACCGUGACAGUCAUGGACAACUCAAUUCUACAAAAUGUUCAGGCAAAUGCUGGCCAAAAGAUGCAGAUUUUUAUACCUGAAUCAUAUACAAAUAAGCAAAACAAAUGUAUGGACUAAGAGAAGGAUAUAUAAAUAACCGCUGCCAAAACUUUUAGAAAUGUGUGAUUUCACUUGAGUGUGCUAGAAAACCAAGCUUGAUUAGAAUUUCUGGGGGUUCCAAGUAAGACAAAAAGCUGGAGCCCCUAAACUUACACAAAUACUCCAUUACUUAUUUAUCCAUGCUUUACCUUUACCUUACAACGCUACACCCUGUUUACAUAUACAAAUAUUUUAUGGUGAGGAUGAACAACUAUGUUUUCACACUGAGGCUCUGGUUAACUAUGCGGAUCAUGGAUACUUCUAUAUACUAGGUAGGACUCUAAAAUGUGACUUCAUUUUAAUUUCUUUAUUUUUAUUAAGAUAGGGCAUCUCUAGGGAGGUAUAUAGGCUGUCUUGGUAGUUAAAUUAAGGCUAAUAUUGGCGUACACAACACAGCAAAAAAGCUUUCCAUGUAAAGCAAUGGUAAGUUAAAUUUACCCUUUGUGUUCAGUACUCCAAAUCAUAUACCUGGAGAGUAUUAAAUCUCUUUCUUACCUCUAAGAGCCAGAAGUAAAUACUCCUAGUUUAUUUAUGCACAGCAACAAUACCUACUCCUUACACUUUGUUGUAAUAUUAGAUACAAAUAUUAAACACAAUAAUUUAGUGGUUGUGAGCCCAACCCCUGCCCCCCCUCAUACAAACUUUGUGUUAUGUGGUGAUGAUUUAAAUAAAAUAAACAAGUCUGUAUGAUGGGCCUUUAUAUACCCCAUGAUAUUUACCCCUCUUUCCAGGUAUGUUCAUGUGAUUGCCACCAUAAAACAUGGGGGUCGAUCAACAGCCGUAUCUAAUGUUUUUCUACAUAAAACCACCAUUAAAGUCUGUGGAGAUUCUUUGUAGAUAAAUAAUUUGAUAAACUUUUCUAAUGGAUUGUGAUCUGCCCCAUAGUGUUUUGUGGUACUCCAAUUUCCAACUCAAACUCAACUUACCCACUAAAAAUGCUAUUUUAUAUUUUUUAGCCUACAUUAUACAGUUGAUCAUUUGUGAGGCCUAGUACUAUUUUCCCACCUUUAUAUGGAAAUUAAACCUUCAAAUUUAGCAUGAUCCAUAUCACAGCUCAGAUUAAGGAUGGCUCACUAAGCAUUUACUCUCAUUAAAGGGACAUUAAACUGCUGGGCACAACUGCUUUACUCACCAUACUAUUGUUUUUCCUCUUGAGACUGCAGCUGUAUUCAAAGCCGUUCUCUUAUUUUAACCCUUUACUAGUGCUGGUUAGUGAAACUCUGCAUCUUCACACUGGGUGCCACCAUCUUGGAGUUGAAGCAUUCAUGCACUGUGAUAGAAGUAGCGCACAUUAACAGAUCUGUGAUAUCUUCUUGACAAGCAUUUCUGUGCACUUCAGUUAAGAUUGCACAAUACAGAACGGGAGCUGUAUGUUUUGCAGUGGCUGCAUUUCUCUAUAUUAUUCCUGAGGGCUUUUUAUAUUUGUUAUGUAACUUUUAAACUGUGUAAAAAACAAACUGGAAAUAUGUGAAGCUUCUUUUGUGCAAGAUAAUCCAAAGUGCAAGGUACACAGUAUCAUCACAGAUUUGUGUAUUUCUAUCACAGGAUGCAACAAUACAUGAGCUACAAGAUGGCGGCACCCAGUAUAAAAUGCAGAGCUUUAACAACUGGCUUCUGUAAUGAGUCAAAAGAGGAGAAAGGCUUUAACCCUUUAAGGACACAGCUUUCAGUUUGCUCAAUUGUUUUAAGACGGAAAUAUUCCGUCAUAUGUCCUUAAGAGGUUAAACAAAGCUGCAGGUACAGGAGGGAAAACACUACAUGGUGAGUAGUAACCAACCUACUGUAGUUGUACUCAGCAGUUUCAUGCCCCUAAAAGGGCCGUUAUAUUGCAAAAAUUCCAUGCCCUAAUUUGUUAGAAUUUGCAAUUUUAGUACUAGCAACACUGUAAGUCUAUAUGUAUAACCUCUGCAGAUGGGUUAAACACAAAGUUAAAGUUGUGUUGAGACCGAGGGUUAAACACACAGACUUGUGAGGUCACUAGUGCUACAAUAACGUGCUCUAAUGAAUUAGAACUUGUCGUUUUUGCACUAUAACGGCCCUUUAAUUAACCAAAGUGGUACCACAAAUUGAUUAACUCUUAUCUUGAUCAAAUAGAUGUCAGGCUGCUCUAUAUGCUCUAUAUUGUGUCUUCAAACAAGCUAGUGUAUAAUUAUAUGGUAUUGUUAUGUCGUUAUAUUAUUUCUGUAUUACGAUUUUUUUCCUUUAAUUGUGGUAGACUUUGAGGAAAAAAGCUCUAUAAGAAUUAAAAAAAAAACCCCUCUAUUAUUGAAAUUUGAGAUGGAUAAUGUCUAACUCAUAUUACCACUCAACCAAAGAUAAGUGAGUAGUGUGAGUUACACCAGAAAGUACAAUACAAUACCUAUCAAUGCCAUAAUAAACAUAUAAUAAAGUGGUUAUAGUAUCUUCUAAAAUAGAUGCCCUUUAGCAAAUAAGGACUAAGGGGCCGAUUUAUCAACUGUCUGUCCGACUUGAUCCGCUUAGCGGAUCAUGUCCGACAGACAUCGCUGAAUGCCAACAGCAUAGCUUGUCAGCAUUUAACAUUGCACAAGCAGUUCUGGUGAACUGCUUGUGCAAUGUCGCUCCCUGCAGAUUCAGGGCCAAUCGGCCGCUAGCAGGGGGUGUCAAUCAACCCGAUCGUAUAGGAUUGGGCGGAUUGAUGUCCGCAGCCUCAGAGCAGGUGGUCGAGUUAAGGAUCAGCGGUCUUAAGACCGCUGCUUCUUAACUGCUGUUUACGGCGGAAGGCUUGCACGGAAUCAGGGGCCAAUUAUUCUCCAAAAAAAAUGUUCUCUCCCAUCACUGCUCCUACACUGCAAGAGGAUAUCAUGCAACAUCUGUGCCUCGUACAACUAUGAAAUUGAUGCAUCAUUAUUUAAUGAAUAUCACUGUGAUUACCAACUGAUUCAUUGUAAUACUUUAUAUUGUUAUUUAUUUUUGUAAUGUUAGCUUAUAGAUGUGUAGUGUUUAAGAGUGUAGUUUUUAGUUUGGUUUACAAAAUAAUGGACUCUAUUACACACUAAUCCCAUUUUACAACAAAAAUUCAAGUCGUAUUUUGUACAUAAGAAAGAAAACAAAAGUGUAAUGUACAUUAUAAAAUGUAUGGAAAAAAUGGCUGAGACAACAUCAUAAAAUGAAGUCAAUUUGUUUAAUUAACAAUGUAGUAAAUCUUGUGAAUAGAGUUUAUAGUGUGUUAUAUUUUGGUGUUACUUUAUUUUUCACACUUUUAUUCCAUUUGUACAUAUGAUGUUUAUCGAUCUCAAGUUAAAUGUACAAUACGAAUAAAAUAAAUUAUAUUCAAUUAAAAUUUUAGAUAAAAAGUGAA